AUGGAAGACAGCCCUUUGACACUCAAAUUGAUCUCCCUCUUGGUGAUCGUGUCAUUGGUAGCCAUCCUGGUGGCCGUCUACCACUUCGUCACCGUUGGCUGGUUCAAUUACUGGUGGCGUCCUACCCCACCCCACCACGUGAACCAGCAUAACCGUCAUCAAGAUAACGAUUACAGUUUGGAGAACUCAGUGGUGCUUCUCAUCCCAUCACACAAACACCAGAAAGGGUCAAGAUUAAGAGUAAGUGGAAGGGAAAGGGGUGAUGAUGAUGCCAUGUGUUCGAUUUGUUUGUGUGAAUUUGAGGAGGGCGAAGAGUUACGGACUUUACCAGAAUGCUCACACUCUUUUCACGUGCCGUGUAUUGAUAUGUGGCUUUAUUCUCAUUCUACGUGUCCUGUAUGUCGUGCCAAUGCUGUUCCUUCCUCACAAAUAUUGUUUCAGUUUUUGGAUUCUGAUUCCGACACAGAGGUUAGACAAGAGGCUUCUAACAUUGUUUAG